AUGGCCAGUAGCUUUGCGGGUAAGCGUCUGAGCAAGAUGAAUGAGCAUCUUCCGCCCGGAAUCACAAUUGUCAAAUCCGAUGCCCUGGACGAAUGGCAAAUGGAUAUUAAAGUCCUCGACGACAACCCACUAUACAAAGAUCAAAUAUACCGUCUCAAAUUCGCCUUCUCAGAUAAAUACCCCAUUGAACCCCCUGAAGUCCAAUUCAUCGAACUCCCCUCUACAUCCGAUACACCCCGCCCCAUACCAAUGCAUCCCCACAUCUACAGCAAUGGAAUUAUCUGCCUCGAUCUCCUCGGCCAAUCAGGCUGGUCUCCCGUUCAAACUGUUGAAAGCGUCUGCAUGAGUCUACAGAGUAUGUUGACGGCUAACACGAAGGAUGAGCGGCCGCCGGGAAAUAGUGAAUUCGUGGCAUACAAUCGGCGGCGGAUUCGGGACAUCAAUUUCGUUUACGAAGAUGAUAAUGUGUAA